AUGUCGACAUCAGACCAGAAAGAUGAAUCGGCAAAAGGAACGCCGGGGCUUGCCAUCACCCCGCCGAAGCCGCUUUGCAUCGAAGACAACAUGGCGCCCAAGUGGAAACAGUGGUGGCGUCACUUUUCGUGGUUUGCUCUGGCAACGGACUUGAACAGCAAGCAGUCACAAAUACAAGCAGCAACUUUUCUUAGCUGUAUUGGUGCAGAGUGCAUUCAAGUGUUGGACACGUUCGGGCUGACGGCCGAACAAGAGGCCGAUAUGAAGCUGCUCAAAGAGAAGUUUGACAAACACUUCGAGCCGAAGUCUAGUCUCACGUACGAGCGGUACGUGUUCGGGAAAAUUCAACAAAGCUCGGGUGAACAGUUCGAUGUGUUCGUGACGAGGGUGCGCGUUCAGGCACAAAAGUGUGCGUUUGAUGUCUUGAGUGAUUCGAUGAUCAAGGACCGUAUCAUCUCGGGAACCGUUCACACAAAGUUGGUGCCACAACUGCUGAACGAUGAAAUCGACCUGCAAAAAACCGUACACAUUAUUCGCAGUCACGAAAUGUCGGUCAAGCAGUCGAAAGUGAUGUUGGAGCCUGCCCUUGAAGUGGAUGCCGUUCAGCACAAAAGGUUUGAGCCCGAAAGAAUCGGCGGACGAGAAUAUGAGUUUUUGUGCGGCUACUGUGGCUUGAAGCAUAAAAGGAGAGCGUGCCCAGCAUACAACAAGCGAUGCAUGAAAUGUGGCAGAAAGGGUCACUUUGCUGAGAGAUGUUCUUUCAUGGCGGGGUCGUCAUCGAAGGACUCAACGGCGUCGAGUGCUAAAGUUACGGAUCAAAAAGUGCGCAACAAGCGAUAUGUGAAAACGAUCGAGUGCGAAGAAGAUGACGAAGACGAACUGUCAGUGGAAGAGUUGUUUAUCGGGAGCGUGGUUGAUGACGACGAAGAAGGAGAAGACGUCUGGUAUGAGUCGGUGCAGAUCAAGGGCAAGAAUGUGGUGUUAAAGCUGGACAGUGGUGCUGCAUGUAACGUGCUGCCGUAUGAUGUGUUCUGUGGACUGAAUGAACAGUUGCAGCAGUCAAAGACGAAGAAGCUAGUUUCGUACAGCAACCACAAGCUUAGUGUGAAGGGCGAAGCGCUCUUGCCAGUGAUCGUACGCGGUAGAGAAGAAAGUGCCGUGUUCAAAAUAGUUGAAGGAGAAGUGUCGCCCAUUUUGGGUAGAAAAACGAGUGUCCGGUUCAAGCUGAUCGCCAGGAUGGAUCACAUCAGCAUGGAUGAGUCGCUGUUCAACGGUUUGGGUUGUGUUAAGGGCUUCGAGUACGACAUCGAUCUGGUCGACAAUCCGGUGUUCCAGUACAACGCUUCGCGAAAAAUCCCACAUUCGCUGAGAGAUGCAGUUAAGCUCGAACUGGAUGCCAUGGAGAAGAUGGGUGUUAUCGAACCUAUCAGCGAGCCAACCCCAGUGUUGAACGCUUUGGUGAUAGUUCGGCAAAAAGGUAAGCUACGCAUUUGCAUUGAUCCGUCUCAAGUCAACAAGAAUCUCUUGCGACGCACACACCCAUUGUCAACAAUCGAAGAGAUAUCUGCUCGCAUCUGUGGCUCACAUUGGUUCACCACACUGGACAUGAAGAAGGGGUUUUGGCAAAUUCGAGUUUCGAAGCGCACGGAACAGUACUUGGCAUUUGGGACUCCCUGGGGCCGUUAUGUCUGCAAACGCUUACCUUUCGGAUUGGCUGCGGCACCGGAGGUAAUGCAGAAGUACGUGUGCACGCUGUUGGUCGGCCUCGAAGGGGUUGAAAGCUCAAUGGACGAUAUCUUGAUACACGCAGCAUCCAAGGAACAGCUACAAAAGCGCACUGCGGAGGUUUUGGGGAGAUUCCAAGCGGCAGGAUUGAAACUGAAUCGUGACAAGUGCGUGUUCGACCAACAAUCGGUGAAAUUUCUGGGCCACGUGGUAUCUUGCGACGGACUCAAGGCUGACCCAGAGAAGCUGGACGCCAUUCGGAGACUGAAGCGACCAGAAACAAGAGUACAACUUCAACGGGUACUCGGAAUGGUGACAUACCUGGCGAAGUUCAUUCCCAACUUAUCGUCCAUCACGGAACCCCUGAGAAAACUGUUGGUGAAGGGAACAGAGUGGGUCUGGCACGUAGAGCAGGAACAGUCUUUUCAAGAAAUAAAGCAGUUGAUGGUCUCUCCUCCAGUACUGGCCUACUACGAUGUCAACGCUGAGGUUACAUUGUCAGUCGACGCAAGCUCUAAGGCAUUUGGAGCAGUACUUCUCCAGAACAACAAACCGAUCGCUUACGCAUCAAAGUCGCUCUCCAAGGCCCAAGAAAAUUACCCGCAGAUUGAGAAAGAAGCGGCCGCGAUGCGUUACGCAUGCAACAAGUUCCAUGUGUACGUCUACGGGAAGACGCUGACAAUAGAGACAGAUCACAAACCACUCGAGUCGAUCUACAAGAAGUCUCUCGAUCGCGCUCCACCCAGACUGAAACGGAUUCUCUUGGAUGUGAUGCAGUACAACCCGUACGUCGUCUACAAGAAAGGGUCAGACAUUCCGCUACCAGACAUCUUGAGUAGAGACGUAGAGAACAAGGACGAGGACGACCCGACCGAUGAACUCGAAGUUCAUAUCGUUCUCCAAAUGUCCAAGGCAGUGAAGGCGGAGUUCGUCGAAGAGACGCAGAAGGAUCCAGAGCUGAACCAGCUGUCAAGAACCAUCUUGGAUGGAUGGCCACACGAGAAACUGCUGGUACCCAACAACAUCCGCAAGUAUUGGACCUUCCGAGACGAACUUUCGUACUAUGAAGGAUUGGUAUUCCGAGCUCACCAAAUUGUUGUACCAGGAAGUUUGCGUCCACUGAUGCUGAAGUACGUACACGCUGGGCACACUGGCGUGCAAGGAUGUAUAAGGAGAGCCAAGCAAAUGCUGUUUUGGGUAGGAAUGAGCAGCGACAUUACCAACACCGUGGAGUCUUGCACUACCUGCGAACGAUACCAACAAUCCAACCAGAAACACGAAGUUAUGACCCACGAGAUUCCCACACUGCCCUUCGAAAUUGUCGGGUCUGACCUGUUUCAUUUCCAAGGCGAUGAAUAUCUACUGAUUGCCGACAGUUACUCCGGAUUUUUUGACUUCGCCAAAUUGAGAGAAUUGACCACCAAAUCAGUAGUUAAUCAGCUGAAAAGCUGGUUCGCCACGCAUGGAGUUCCAAGGAAGUUGAUUACAGAUAACGGCCCCCAGUAUGCGUCCAUUGAGUUUGCCCAGUUUGCCAAGAAGUGGUGUUUCGAUCACAUCACGUCAAGUCCACACUACCCCAAAAGUAACGGGCUGUCGGAGAGAUUCGUACAAACAGCAAAAUCUCUGCUCAAGCGUUGCGACAACGAUGGGUCUGACAUACAGCUGGCGCUCCUGCAUUACAGGAACACACCAAGGGACGGAGAGCUUCAAUCAAGCAACCAGCGACUAACCGGAAGACUGCUACGCACGAACAUUCCCACAACGGACCACGUGCUGAAGCCAAGAAUAGUUGAAGGAGUAGUGGAGAACCUGAAGCAGAGACGACAGCGGCAGAAACAGUAUGCAGAUAAAGGAGCGACGAAACCGGCAGAAUACGAAGAAGGAGAUCCAGUGACUGUUCAGAACAUCAAAUCACGGCUGUGGGAGAAAGGAAGAGUAGAGAAGAAGUUGGAUGCUCCGAGGUCGUACAUCGUUCACCUAUCGAACGGGAGCACCGUACGAAGAAAUGUGCGAGACUUGAAACCAGCACGAAGCCCCACCGCGAUCGAAGAACCUGAACCAAUCUACAUCUACCAGCAACAAGGUGAACCAAGAGCAGAAAACGCACAAUCAGCAGAACCAGAGGACGAGCACCCACCGAUAUCGAAGCCCGUUUAG